GGAUCCACACUGACAUGCCCAGAAUCAAUUCGAUCGCGCUCGGAUCAACCACCAGACUACUAUGGUAGCGCGGUUUCGACCUUAUCGCACUAUGCGCCCCCGACGUACUCCUAAGUCGAUCAUGGUUAGUAGUCGGCUGUGUCGAACUGUUCAUAAGCUCUUCGCAUGUCGUUCAUUUUUGACGAUCCAGCAGCUCCUCCAGUUGUCCUCAAAGCCCCGAGUAUUUUUUCUAUGACUACAUAGUAUCUUGGGCAUUUAUUCCCUUUCAGCGUUCACAAUGACCGACUUUAAAGCUCCAUACACGGACCCCGAGAAGCAUGCUUAUGACGACAACGGCAUCCAUCCAACAACAUCCGUUCAACAGGGCACACAGCGACGUGUGUCCAUUACGGACGCUGUCUUUGGAGAAAUCAGUGAAGAUGGUCCUAACUACCGCGCCGUUGGUUGGAAAGGUACAGCCGUACUCAUGCUGAAAACGCAGAUUGGUCUUGGUGUUCUAUCCAUUCCAGCGGUCUUCCACAGUCUCGGCUUGAUUCCGGGUGUGCUCGUCAUCCUGAUCAUCGCUGGUAUGACGAGUUGGUCCAACUACAUCGUCGGUGUCUUCAAGCUAGCACAUCCCGAUGUAUACGGCAUUGACGACGUUGGACGCAAGCUGUUCGGUCGUGUUGGCUACGAACUCUUCGGUGUUACUUUCGCCUUGUACUGGAUUUUCGUUGCAGGGUCUGGUAUGCUGGGUAUUUCCACCGCACUGAACGCACUUUCGUCCCAUGGCGCUUGUACUGCUAUAUUUGUCGCUGUGGCCGCUAUUGCUGGAUUCAGUCUGGGCAGUAUUCAGACACUGGGAAAGAUCUCAUGGCUCGCCUGGAUCGGUGUGGUUAGCAUUCUCAGUGCAAUCUUGAUCUUGACAGUGUCAGUCGGUGUUCAAGACCGUCCCGCCGAUGCGCCCGUGACUUCCGGUCCUUUCAAGUCAGAUUUCGAGCUGUUUGGUUCCCCCACAGCCGCCGACGCAUUCGCCUCAAUCUCGUCCAUCGUCUUCGCAUACGCAGGAACUCCUGCUUUCUUCAACAUCGUCUCUGAGAUGCGCGAACCCCGCCACUAUACCCGUGCUCUCAUUGUUUGCCAGGGAACCAUGACCGCAGUUUAUAUCGCUAUUGGUUGUGUGGUCUACUACUACUGUGGAUCCUACGUCUCUUCGCCUGCUCUCGGCUCUGCCGGGCAUCUCAUGAAGAAGGUCUGCUACGGUAUUGCUCUGCCUGGCCUGCUCGUCAGUACAACUUUAUUUGUGCAUUUCGCAGCCAAGUACUUCUUCAUGCGCAUUCUGCGUGGUUCCCAGCAUCUCACACGAAACACUCCCACACAUUGGAUCACCUGGAUUGGUUGCACUGCCGGUAACGCUAUUGUUGCGUACAUCAUCGCUAGUGCCAUUCCCGUUUUCGGUGGACUUGUAUCGCUCGUCGGUGCUCUUCUUGGUACCCUCAUGUCUAUUCAGCCUAUGGGUUGCAUGUGGCUUUACGACCACUGGCGCGAUGCCAGGACGGGCAAGUGGAUGUUCAUGGUUGGAUGGUGCGCGUUCAUGAUCAUCGGUGGUUGGUUUCUGACGAUUGCUGGUACCUACGGAUCUAUUGUGGGGAUCAUCAACAGCUAUAAUGCAUCUGGUGGAUCCGCCGCCUGGAGCUGCGCCGACAACUCGAACUCUUCGUAGAUUCGAGAUCAGACGACGAUCAUGGCUCGUUAAGGAUCACUGUCACAAAUAUGGACACGUAGUUAUCCACAAUGGGAAUCAUCCUGGGCGCUAGGGUGACAGCGUUGGCCAGGAUGCUAAUAUAUCUGGUUAUUUGGAAAGGGCAUGAGUAUCACUUGAACUGCAUAGCGGGGUCACAAUAACGACAUGAAUCAUGUCAUGGUAUCAGAAACAAUUGUCUUGUAUUGCAUCUUUUACCAAGCAUAACUCAAAUUGCUCGACCUACAGUAGACACUGGCUCAAAACCGUCUGCGAUAGGAGUUGAAUGGGAGUGUUAGGCAGCUAAGCUCAUAAUGUGGAUGUCGCACGCAUGAUACAUAGUAAUUCACUGCCAUACUACCUG